UUUGCCUUAAGCGAAUUUAAUUAGGUUUAAACAAAUUUGCUUUCAGAUUUGUGAUCAUAAAAUGAGAAUACGUUAUUUUUAUGCGAGAUAUGCAGGUUCGUCUCACGACUCCCUUAUCUGGAAUAUAAGUUCUGCCAAACGGGUUUUAUGUGAACGUGAUAAUGCUGGUGAAGGCAACUCUUGGCUAUUAGAUGAUGCCGGCUACCCUUUGGAACCAUAUUUAAUGACACCUUAUAGGUCCGUUUCGGAAGAAAGCGCUGAGGCAAUUUUCAACACUAAACAUGCUAAAACAAGGAAUAUUAUUGAAAGAACAAUUGGAGUGCUGAAAACUCGAUUCCAUUGCUUACUUGGUGCUCGUCAGCUUCAUUAUAAGCCUGAAAAAGCAACUCAAAUCGCAAACGUUUGUGCUGCCUUGCAUAACGUUUGUAUUAAAUAUAACAUCGUAGUAUCAAAUGAUGCACCUUCGUCCACUGACAAUUUCCAUGAUAUGUUUGAUGUUGAUAUAUCCGACAACUCACAAAAUAUUCAAGCUUCGCAGAUUCGUCAACAAAUAAAAGAAAGUUUUUUGUAAAGAUUUUCAAACUUACUAUAUGUCCAUUACUUCAUAUAUGUACAUAAA